ACAACCCCCCCUUCACUUCCGGCGCCGCCGAGGCGCCGUGGACGGCUUCCGGGUUUGGGCCUGGCACUGUGGCUGAGGCGGCGGCGGCGGCGGCGGCGGCGGCGGCGGAGGAGGAGGAGGAGAGGGCUACGGGCGGCGGGAGCUGGGGAGCAGGCAUGGAUGUUUCAGGGCAGGAGACCGACUGGCGGAGCACCGCCUUCCGGCAGAAGCUGGUCAGUCAAAUCGAGGAUGCCAUGAGGAAAGCUGGUGUGGCACACAGUAAAUCCAGCAAGGAAAUGGAGAGCCAUGUGUUCCUGAAGGCCAAGACCCGGGACGAAUACCUUUCUCUCGUGGCCAGGCUCAUUAUCCAUUUUCGAGACAUUCAUAACAAGAAAUCUCAAGCUUCCGUCAGUGAUCCUAUGAACGCACUCCAGAGCCUAACUGGCGGACCUGCCGCGGGAGCCGCCGGAAUUGGCAUGCCUCCUCGGGGCCCGGGACAGUCUCUGGGCGGGAUGGGUGGCCUUAGUGCCAUGGGACAGCCAAUGUCUCUCUCGGGGCAGCCGCCCCCUGGGACCUCGGGGAUGGCCCCUCACAACAUGGCUGUCGUGUCUACGGCAACUCCACAGACCCAGCUGCAGCUCCAGCAGGUGGCGCUGCAGCAGCAGCAGCAACAGCAGCAGCAGCAGCAGCAGCAGCAGUUCCAGCAGCAGGCGGCGCUGCAGCAGCAGCAGCAGCAGCAGCAGUUCCAGGCUCAGCAGAGUGCCAUGCAGCAGCAGUUCCAAGCAGUAGUGCAGCAGCAGCAGCAGCAGCUCCAGCAGCAGCAGCAGCAGCAACAACAUCUAAUUAAAUUGCAUCAUCAAAAUCAGCAACAGAUACAGCAGCAGCAACAGCAGCUGCAGCGAAUGGCACAGCUGCAGCUCCAGCAGCAGCAGCAGCAGCAACAGCAGCAGCAGCAGCAGCAGCAGCAGGCUUUGCAGGCCCAGCCGCCAAUUCAGCAGCCACCGAUGCAGCAGCCACAGCCUCCACCCUCCCAGGCCCUGCCCCAGCAGCUGCAGCAGAUGCAUCAUCCACAGCACCACCAGCCACCGCCACAGCCCCAGCAGCCUCCAGUUGCUCAGAACCAACCAUCACAACUCCCACCACAGUCACAGACCCAGCCUUUGGUGUCGCAGGCACAAGCUCUCCCUGGACAAAUGUUGUAUACCCAACCACCACUGAAAUUUGUCCGAGCUCCAAUGGUGGUACAGCAGCCCCAGGUGCAGCCCCAGGUGCAGCAGCAGACAGCAGUACAGACAGCUCAGACUGCCCAGAUGGUGGCUCCCGGAGUGCAGAUGAUCACGGAAGCCUUGGCCCAAGGUGGGAUGCACGUAAGAGCCCGGUUCCCGCCCACCACUGCUGUGUCCGCCAUCCCGUCAAGCUCCAUCCCUUUGGGCAGACAGCCCAUGGCACAGGUCAGCCAGAGCAGCCUCCCCAUGCUGUCCUCGCCAUCGCCGGGCCAGCAGGUGCAGACCCCGCAGUCGAUGCCCCCUCCCCCUCAGCCGUCCCCGCAGCCUGGCCAGCCUGGCUCACAGCCCAACUCCAACGUCAGCUCCGGCCCUGCCCCAUCCCCCAGUAGCUUCCUGCCCAGCCCCUCACCACAGCCCUCCCAGAGCCCAGUGACAGCACGGACCCCACAGAACUUCAGUGUUCCCUCACCUGGACCUUUAAACACACCUGUGAACCCCAGCUCUGUCAUGAGCCCAGCUGGCUCCAGUCAGGCUGAGGAGCAGCAGUACCUGGACAAGCUGAAGCAGCUGUCCAAGUACAUCGAGCCCCUGCGCCGCAUGAUCAACAAGAUCGACAAGAACGAAGACAGAAAAAAGGACCUGAGUAAGAUGAAGAGCCUUCUGGACAUUCUGACAGACCCUUCGAAACGGUGUCCCCUGAAGACCUUACAAAAGUGUGAGAUUGCCCUGGAGAAACUCAAGAAUGACAUGGCAGUGCCCACUCCCCCACCACCCCCGGUGCCACCGACCAAACAGCAGUACCUAUGCCAGCCGCUCCUGGAUGCCGUCCUGGCCAACAUCCGCUCACCCGUCUUCAACCAUUCCCUGUACCGCACGUUCGUUCCGGCCAUGACCGCCAUUCACGGCCCACCCAUCACGGCCCCAGUGGUGUGCACCCGGAAGCGGAGGCUUGAGGAUGAUGAGCGGCAGAGCAUCCCCAGCGUGCUCCAGGGUGAGGUAGCCAGGCUGGACCCCAAGUUCUUGGUAAACCUGGACCCUUCUCACUGCAGCAACAAUGGCACUGUCCACCUGAUCUGCAAACUGGAUGACAAGGACCUCCCGAGUGUGCCACCACUGGAGCUCAGUGUGCCUGCUGACUAUCCUGCCCAAAGCCCGCUGUGGAUUGACCGGCAGUGGCAAUACGAUGCCAACCCCUUCCUCCAGUCAGUGCACCGCUGCAUGACAUCCAGGCUGCUGCAGCUCCCGGACAAGCACUCGGUCACUGCCUUGCUCAACACCUGGGCCCAGAGUGUCCACCAGGCCUGCCUCUCAGCUGCCUAGCCAAGACUGCAGGGAUGGCCCGUGGCCUCAUUGGGGGCAAGGACACAACGCCUCCUCUCAGACACUUCUAGGUGUUGGCUUCCUUAGAGAGCCUGGGGUUAAGUUAGCUUUCCUGCUUUUAUCUUCUCCCUUGGGGACCUGCCAAAUGAAAUUCCACACCUGUACAGAACUGAGAUGGGAGCAGUGGAGCGGGCUGCUUAGGGGGUGUUGGCUGACUUCUCAGAGAAGGCCCUCCAUGUGACUUCUUCUAGGGAGCCAGAUAUGAUCCUUGGGUUGCUCUCACUGUGGCCUGUCCAGGGUCCAGGUCCAUCGCAGCAGCGUGAGGGUGCACUCAGGUUGUUCUUAGAGCGUCUUGUGUGCGCUAGACACACCCCUGCUUGUUUGUAUAGGAGAACACAGAGGACGUAGGAAACCCUUAAAACGCACAUGGGAUUCUCUGGUCAGUUUUGAGUUUAGGCUACGCUGCUUUUGGCAAGUGGGGCACACCCCCGGGGAAGCCUCUGAGUCCAGGGCAACAGGCUGCCUUUUGGAGGGAGGGCUGGCCCAUGGGUGCUGAUGGCUCCCCGCCACCAGCUGGGCCUCAGCCCUCAUGGCAUUCCUGCUAAGCACUGUGGGCACCCUGGGAGCAGGGACGUCGGGGAUCCUGUUCCCAGCACCUCUGUGCCACUCACAUGAGGGCUGUGUCCCCACUGCGAAGGAUGAAGAGCAAGACCCUCAGGACCUGCAUCCUCAGAGCACCACACACUGCGCCACCCAGAGAGAGCGGGCCUGUCAGCGGGCCAGGGCCAUGCAGGGAGUGCCUCCCUGUGUUGCCUGCCACUCUGGGCACUGGCCAGCAGCCCUCUGGUGAGAAGAGGUCCCCCUUUUUAUGUGCACUACCCUACCAUCUGUGAUUGUUAUAAUAAAUUUAUUAUUCCUGUGUU